AUGGCACCAAAACCGGAACAACCAGCCCCGGAGGCUGGCAAGACUCAAAAGCAAAAUGCCCCCGACAAAGAGAACUUUCAAAAGUCCGUAGCAGCUGCUCAAAAGACUGUUCAGGCUCAAGGUGCAGCCGAAGCACUUAAGCAGCAAGCGAAGAAAGCCAUCAACCCAAAGGAGCGGAUGCGAUUGAUGCAGGAGGCCUACCACAAGGAAAUCGAGGCUCAUGGACAGAGCAAGUACGCUAAAAGGCUACAGAGCGGUGGAUGGCAAGGGGCGGCAGCUGGGGGUGGGAUUGGAGGUGGGGUGGCGAUGGGUCUGGGUACGGUCGUCGGCACCGUGGUCUCAGGUGUCGCCGCAGUGCCCACUGUGCUUGUCGGCGGGCUUGUUGGGGCUGGCGUGGGCGGCAUUCAUGGCCCGUUCAUUAAAUUGGGCGGCGGAGGCAAGAAGGAGAACACCCCAGCGACGAACGAAGAAGUGCAGAAGCAGGAGGCAGCCAAGCUCGACCAAGCAGUUGAGAAAAGUGCUAGUACUGUGCCUCAGCCUCCGACCGCGGACUCAGCAGAUCCACAGAGUGGCGAGCAGAAGAUCAAGAAGAAGCCUCGAAAGCUGGAAGUACGCUCGAAGCCCACGGGCAAUGAUAGUGCUUGA